CCUCUCUCCACCCUGCAGGAGUGACACCUGCUCAGGUAGGAGGAUAAAUCGGCACAGUCACUGCUGCAGUCAUAGGAACGUCCCUGGAAGUUCCUGUCCUCGUAGAAGACGAUCUGAGCAGAAAGAAGUUGAAUGAAGCCUCGGGCAGCAAGUAUCUCAGGUGUGCUGUUACCUGCCCAGGUGUGCUCAUUCGCCCAGGAUGGGAACCGGAGCAGAAUAAAAAUCAUCUGCAGGCCACCAGAAAGUAGAAUCCACCAGGGGACCCUUGAUGUCUCAACAUGAUCUUCAUCUUUCUUUUAGUUUUUCUCCCAGCAGUGAAACCCCAGGACCUCCAGGACCAGUGCCCUGGUAGCUCUUGUCACCCCCAGCUUGGUGACCUGAUGGUGGGUCGUGCAGCGCACCUCUCAGCCUCGUCUACCUGCGGUCUGGACGGACCCCAGAACUACUGCAUCGUUGGAUACCUGGAGGGGGAGCAGAAAUGUUUCACAUGUGACUCCCGGCUGCCGUUUAGUGCCCAUGACAACCCCAAAAGCCAUCGAAUCGAGAACGUCAUUGCGACGUACGACUCUGAAAGACAAAUGAAAUGGUGGCAGUCUGAGAACGGAGUUCAUCAGGUCAGCAUUCAGUUAGAUCUGGAGACCAUAUUCCAGUUCAGCCACCUGGUCCUCACCUUCAAGAGUUUCAGGCCUGCAGCCAUGCUGGUUGAGCGCUCCAAGGAUUUUGGACAAAGCUGGAAAGUUUUUCGCUACUUUGCAGAAGAUUGUUCCCUUCAUUUUCCUUCAGUUUCUGCCAAACCUGCCACCUUCAUUAAUGACGUGGUCUGUGACAGCAGAUACUCUGGACCAGAACCAUCCACAGGUGGAGAGGUGGUGCUAAAAGCGCUGGAUCCUGUCUUUGAAAUAGAAAACCCAUAUGCUCCAAACAUUCAAGAGCUGAUCACCUUCACGAAUAUCCGGGUGAACUUCACUCAUCUCUUCACACUUGGUGACACUCUGCUGGUUCGCAGACGCAGGAACCCUCAGGAGAAAUACUACUACUCGCUUUACAGCAUGGUGGUUCAGGGAAGCUGCUUCUGUAAUGGCCACGCCAGCCGGUGUGUCCCUGUGGACGGAGGACGUGGGGACGUCUUCUCCCAGCCUGGCAUGAUUCAUGGUCGAUGUGUUUGUCAGCACAACACAGCUGGAGAGAACUGUGAGAGAUGUCAGUCAUUCUACAAUGACUCCCCCUGGAGGCCUGGAGGAGAAACCACAUCCAACAUCUGCAGGAGGUGUAACUGUAAUGGUCACUCAGACUCUUGUCACUUCGAUGCUGCUCGCUACGAAGUGACCGGAGGGGCGAGCGGCGGCAUAUGUGACGACUGCCACCAUAACAGAACAGGGCCUCAGUGUGAGCGCUGUCGACCUUUCCUGUAUCAGGACCCACAGAGGGUGCCAAAGGACCCCCACGCCUGCAUACCCUGUGACUGCAACCCUGCCGGCUCCCUCAGCAACGGCCUGUGUGAUGCUUCAAGUGGUCGGUGUUUCUGUAAGGAAAACGUGGCGGGUCAACGCUGUGACCGCUGCAAAAGUGGUUUCUUCAAUCUGAGACUGGAGAACCCAGCUGGAUGCGAAGACUGCAGGUGCCACAGUUUGGGAAGCGUCGGACCAUGCGAUCAGCUGACAGGAAGCUGUAAAUGUGAGCCAUUGGCGAGUGGACCACUGUGUGAUCGUUGUGUGGCGGGUUUCUGGGGUUUGGGAAACUCCAUCUUCAGAUGUUCGCCCUGUGACUGCUUUAUAGGCGGAGCUCACAGCAACAUGUGUUCUUCAGAGGACGGACAGUGUCGUUGUUUACCUAACAUGAUUGGCCGGCGCUGCUCUGAACCUGCUCCUGGUUACUUCCUGCCUUCGCUAAACUACUUCCUGUAUGAGGCGGAGCUUGCUUUACAGCUGUCAGGAGGAAACUCCUCCCUUCCUCCAUCCUCUUCCUCUCCUCUGGUGAAUCACGGCCUUUUGCCACCAUGUGAGCAGUAUUUCAGGAAUCAGGGCUAUGACUUUCGGCUCUCCAAUGGAAAAGUAAUUUUGGUCCGGAAGGCCCGUCGUCUCAGGUCAAGGCGACAGCAGAACAACUCUCUGAACCGGGGGCCCCUGCAGAUCCUUCCCCACCAGGGGUCGCCUGAGCAGUCAGGAACUGGUCUGGGAUUGGUCAGAGUGACAGAGGGGGCGGGGCUUAGAUUCACAGUGGACAACCUUCCAACAUCGAUGGAGUACCAGAUGGUGAUCCGCUAUGAAUCUGAGUCUGUUUCUGAUUGGCUGGCUACAGUACGCAUUAUCACGCUAUCACCAGGUGAUGGACGCUGCAGUGAUGCCCCAACAGGAAGUCUAACGCUGAUUCUCCCCAGAAGCUCCAAAUUGGGAAUUCUGGACUCCAAGGUGUGUCUGAAUACUGGAGGUCGAUACUUAGUUGAGAUUUUCUUUGACCGGCAACAAAGAUCUGAUCACUUUCCCCUGCUGGUCGACUCGAUGGGACUGAUUCAGAGUUUCUAUUCGGUCCAAGACUUCUGCUCCCAGAGUGACCUGGACUCUUUGAGUCACUUUCGCUGCGUCGGAUUGGAUGUCUACCUCGGUUCUCAGGAGUCGCUCCCAAAAAUCUGCGAAGAUCUGGUCAAGAGUCUGUCGGCGCGCAUUCACAACGGAGCCGUGGCUUGCAGGUGUAACGUCAUUGGUUCUCUUGGAUCGGGAUGCAGUAAGCUGGGUGGGUUCUGUGAAUGUAAACCCAUCGUGAUCGGACGUUGCUGUGAUGCCUGUGCACCUCUAACCUUUGGAUUUGGACAUGAAGGCUGUAGACGAUGCAAGUGUGAUCCUAGAGGUUCUGUGUCGGAGGCGUGUGAUCCGAGCAGAGGUCAGUGUGUGUGUCGCCCCCAGAUAAACGGUCGACGCUGCGAUCGAUGCGAGCCUGGAUUCUGGGGAUUCCCGCUCUGUCGGCCUUGUGAUUGUAACGGCCUGUCAGAAACAUGCAAUGGAGAGACAGGAGAGUGUAUGAACUGCAGGGAACACAGUACUGGACCACACUGUGACAGGUGCGUGGAUGGGUACUAUGGUAACCCCUUCUCCAGGCAACCUUGUCAGCCUUGCCUGUGUCCUGACAGCCUAAACAGUGGACGAUUCUUCGCCUCUUCCUGUCGAUACGACCCACAGUCCCUUAGUCUGAGCUGCUCCUGCAGGGAGGGGCACACAGGUGCACAAUGUGACAGGUGCAGUUCUGGUUUCUAUGGUGACCUGACAGUACAGGGCUCCAUUUGCAAGGUGUGCUCCUGCAACAACAACAUCGACCCAGACGAUGGUGAUGCCUGCGACAGCACAACUGGGGAAUGUCUUCGCUGCCUUCACCACACAACGGGUCCACAGUGCCAAUUCUGCAAACCUGGUUACUACGGCAAUGCCCUGCAACACAACUGCAAAGAAUGCUCCUGUGACCGUCAGGGGACCGAGGCAACUCAAUGUCCCCUGGAGAGUCCCUGCUUCUGCAAUAGGGAGACAGGACAGUGUCGAUGCAGGACAAGGGUAGUGGGACACCUCUGUGAUGAAUGCGAGGAUGGAUUCUGGAACCUGGAUGAAGCGUCAGGAUGUCAGCCCUGCAACUGUGACCCUGCUAACUCGGUCUCCAACGUCUGUAACAAGGUGUCGGGACAGUGUCCUUGCCGUCCUGACUUUGGAGGAAGACAGUGUGAUGAAUGUGGAGAAAAUCAUUUUGGGAAUCCAGACCUGCAGUGUUUCUCUUGUGACUGUAACCUAGAGGGAACCGAGCGGCCAUCAUGUGACCCUGAAACCGGUGAGUGUAUCUGUCGGAUCGGCGUCACCGGUAUCUUCUGUGACGAGUGCGCUCCAGGUUACAGUUCAGACUUUCCAGCCUGUGAGAAGUGCCACAUCUGCACGUCUCUGUGGACUGAAAACGUCACUGACGUCCAGCGAGCUGCUCAAAGGAUGAGAACCUUCAUCUCUCUCCAUGGCGACACCCAGCAUCCCACAAACAGUCGCUCUUGGCAAAGGAUGCUGGAGAUGCACUCCAGACUGGACAGCCUCGGUAACAUGACGGGUCUCUCCCUGCCAAAGUUGGACAUGGUAGAGAAACUCUACAUGAAGAUUAGGAAGCUGAAAGACGCUGUUGACACCCACAUAAUUCUGAUCGAUCCAUCUCUUCUCCUUAACACCGAAAUCGAUAACAUUCAUGUGGAGUUUCAGAAGCUGCUGAAAAACCUGAAAAACAAACUCAUCAAGGAUCCAAACAAGAAAGAAACUAAGCAAGUGGAAGAACUGCUGGAAGAGAUCCAGAAGCUUCAUAAAACUUUUAUGUCCGAUGAGAAGAGGCUGAGAAACUCCAAUAAAGCUGUGGAGGACGCCAUGGACACCAGACAGGAGGUCAAACGCAAGCUGAGCAUGUGCAGUGGCAGAGGAGACCUGGCAACACUGGAGAAGAAGGUCAAAGACCUCAGCACCCUCAAACUCAACCAAAAGGUCUGUGGGCGACCGGAUCCUGAUGGCUGCUCAGAAUGUCCUGAAGGUGAGACUUGUGAUGGAGCUGUUCCCACCGCUCAGAAAGCGUCAGAGAUGGCUGAGAAAAUGAAAGAGCAACUCAUCAAACUCCCAUCCAAGCUGCAAGAGUCAAAGAAAAAGAUCAGUGAUGUCCAGGAGGUGGCUCAGGACACCAAAGACCAGGCCCGAAACCUGCAGCUCCGUAUCAGCGACACCUCUGGAUCAUUGGAGACAGAGAAAAACAAAAUCAGAGAACUCCUCCAGAGAGUCAAACACUAUCUGAUGGAUGAAAUGGUUCAUCCAGAUGAGAUUGAGAAAAUGUCAAACGCUGUCCUGAGCAUCCAAUUACCGCGCUCAUUUGCUGAGAUCCGAUCGAUGAUCAAGGACAUCAACAAUCUGUUGAAUGGGGCCACCAAAUUCCAGGAUGACAUGAAGGAGCUGCAGGAUGAAGCCAAAACAGCCCAGGAGCUGCUGCAGAAAGCAACAGAAAUCAGGGAGCGGACUAAAAACAUUAACAUUAAGGAGAUCCUCAGAGACAUUUUUACAGCAGACAGCGCUCAGAGCAAAGCCAACGAUUACCUGGAGAUGGCAAAUCAGGACAGAGACGAGGCCAAAAACCGAAUCCAAGAGGUGGAAAACAAAGUGAGCCGCACUGAGUCUAAGCUGAUGAAUUGGCCUACAGGUCUGCUGGAAGAGAUCGAAGCUGUGAAAAAUAAAACAGAGCAGAACCGAGAGAUAGCCAAAGAGGCCAGAGAGGCUGCAGAGUCAGCAUUUACCAACAUUUCUAAUGAAACGGAGCUGAAGGACGUUCAUGAGCAGUUUCAGCUUUUAAAGCAAAAACGCUUGAAUCAAACACUUGAAAACGAAGCUGCAGAUCGACUGAAGAAAAUCUUGAAGGAGGCCGAAGGCAUGCAGAGACAAAUGGAGGACAGACUCCAACAGAUACAAGACGUGGAGCAGAAGAUUCAGCUACUGCUCCAGAGGAAGAAAAAGAAAGUAGUCGAGGUGUCUGAGCUUCUGGAGACGGUGGAGUCACUUCAAAAGGCAAUCGCCUCUCGAGCUGAAGGAUAUGACGCCUGUACCUCAUAAAGUCCUGAAAACAAAGAAAAUUUAGGUUUUUAUGUCUCUGAUGUUGAAACAAAUUCUUUCAUUUAGAAUGUUUGUAAAGGUUUAUAACAUAAAAAGACAAAGAUCAGACCUUACUCCAUAAAAAUAAAAAUAUUUUUUAAUUCGAA